UACUGCAGGAGUAUCAGGGGUAAUAAACUGGAGUGUGGACGUGCCCCACUCUUGUCUCCUCUCGCCUCCGCAGUGCACUUGCAGCUGAGCAGCACUCCGGACAGGACGGUCUUCUCCUCCUCCUCUACCUCCUCCUCAUCCUCUUCUUCUUCUUCUUUGUGUGUGUUGGUGAGGUAGUGUGUGGUAGUGGUGCUGAGGGGUGCAUCGACAGUCGCAUCUGACUCCAGUCCAGAGGUCCCGGACUGACGCGUGAUGGUGCGGACUCACUGAUAAAAUCCGUGCCGCUGGAAUUAAAAUGAGCACUCCUGCUGAGCGACUCUCCUCCUCCACAUAGCGCUGCCUUCUCUGCACAAGAUCUGUUUUAUGAGACUCCAGCAGGCGACGCAGGAUGACUACCUUAUCGCUGGUGAUUUUGUGCGCUCUGGUGGCGUUAGUGUCGGCGUCGACGGAGCGGCCGAUGCGGCUCCCCUGUGAGACCGGCCAGUACACCAGCAAUGGAGAAUGCUGCCAGGAGUGUCCACCUGGAGAGGGAGUGGUGAGGAAAUGCGGCGCUACGCAGACGGUCUGCGCCCAGUGUUUGGACAGUGAGACCUUCUCAGAGAACUACAGUCUCACAGAGCAGUGCAGGCCCUGCACUGAGUGUACCGGCCUGAUGCGAAUGGAGACGCCCUGCACCGACUCCAACGACGCCAUCUGCAUCUGCAACUACAACUAUUUCUUUGACUCAUUAUCAGGACACUGCAAGAGGUGUACGGUGUGCCCGGCAGGCCAGGGUGUGUUCGCGCACUGCGAACACGAUCACGACACGGUGUGUGAGGAGUGUGUGGACGAUACCUUCUCUGACCGGGAAAGCUCCCUCGACCCCUGCCUGCCCUGCACCAUCUGUGACGAGGAAACUGAGAAACAACUGGCUGUGUGCACACCAAUCAGUGACUCUGUCUGUCACAAUUUUCUCCUCCCAACAUAUUUCGCUCCCACCUCCGAUAUGGGUCUGUCUCCACCCUCCUUCACCAAUUACUUCCUCCCUGAUGGCUCUGACAGCCCAUUGCCAGGAGGUGAGACGACCACGUCCAGCGCCGGCUCUCCUCGCUUCCUUGGCCACAGGCUCAACGAAAAUCUCAUCCCCAUCUACUGCUCCAUCCUGGCUGCCGUGGUGGUGGGCCUCGUGGCCUACAUUGUUUUUAAGAGGUGGAAUAGCUGCAAGCAGAACAAGCAGGCAGCUAAUAACCGUGCGGCUACAAACAACCAGAUGGUGACGCCGGAGGGAGAGAAGCUGCACAGCGACAGCGGCAUCUCAGUGGACAGUCAGAGUCUGCAGGAGCAGCAGCAGCAGCAGCAGCAGCAGCAGCAGCAGCAGCAGGCCCAGGCUGAAGUCCAGGCUCAGCCCUCACACGCACACACACAGGAACAGAUAGUGGUGAGGGUGGAUGGCGGCCCCCAGCCUGACACGCCUCCCCCUGAAGUCUGAGGAAGAAGAGGCAGCGUCAGAGCUGAAGACAGGGAGAGGAGAGUGGGGACUUGAACCGUGGACCAAAAAGAAAGCAGGGGGCCCACACGGGAAUGUAAAACUGAACUGAUCUCUGAUUCAUAUGUGAAGUGGCCACAGAGCAAAGACUUGACUUGUAUGGACCGCCCAGCACUUUUGGGCCACAGUUUGACUCUUCAUCCCUGCAUAUAGAGUCCAACUUUAACUAUCAGUGUGCCUGGUCACGACCUCUACGGCAAUAUCAACCACUAUCUGUACCAAUGUCACUGCGGAUACAUAACCAUAGAAAUAUGCCAAUGCAUCCCCUAUUAACUGACUAUUCCAGUAUCUAAUAAUGACAUAAUUCUCACUAACUACCAACUUAGUCUUCUCUGCCCCUUUCUAAGCUUUCCAUUUUCCCUCUAAUUCCACAAUCACUAGCCAUGAAACAUAUGUGCCUGAAAGGUAAAUAGGCAGAAAGGUUCUCCAUUAUCUCCUCUGUCUUUUCCUUGCGGAUCAAAGAGACCUUUUUCCUGAGAGACCAGCCUUUUUCCUCUCACAUCUUCCUCUGUGGCAUCCCACUCUCAUAUAAUCCUCUGUCUCUCUCCAUAGGAUUCACUCUAUUAGACCCCCGCCGUUAUCUGUGAUACAAAAAACAACGGGGGAGCCGUGAGUCAUUUCCAACUUCUUCUGAAGUUUCUUGUUCUUUUAUCAUUUAGAACAGACACAUUUCAUGGCAUGUUGUCUUGUAAAAUGUUUGCAUCAUUGUUUGAGAUUGGCUGCACCGACUGAUGCAAGUGACUCAUAUUUUGGAAGAAAGGUCAAUUGCUGUGUAGCUGGAUCAGUAAUCAACUAUUUUUCCUCAGCGAGAUGCUUCUUCCUGCACCCCGCAUCUCUGACAUAGACCCCUUCACAGCGCCUCCAGGGAUUGUGUUUCAGUAAUUUCAUGCUUAUAAUGUAACACAACCAAAUAUUUGUCUCCUGUUUGUGGUGCAUCACUUUCAUUUUGUGGCUUGGGUUACAUGGCUGAUUCAGCAGGGUGCCUCCACGGUCCGCUAUGGAGCCUGGAUGUGCAACAUAAAAGAAACAUCCCUGGACUGUGGAGCUCUGCUGACUCACUGCGAUGAGUUGACAUGUCUGAGAGGAAGCAAAGCCGUCUGAUGAGCAAAAAAGGAGCUGUGAUGUCAUCAGUGACCCAGUAUACAGAGCUGCUCAUUAAACAGAUGCUUAAAUGCAUUCGGUACUGAAAAAAUGUGCAAAAAGGAA